AACUCGCCGGCGAAAUUGCGACUACUUAUAAAAAUAAGCAAAUUACACUUGUACACUCGGAAGAAAGCUUGCUUAACUCAAGGUUCCCGAAAAAACUGAGGGACACAUUGGCCAAUCAACUAAGAGAUUUAAACGUGAAGCUAGUAUUAGGAGAAAGGAUCGAUCUUACCACAAAAAAAACGAUAAUUGAAUCUGAUAUACAAUUUGUGGUCACCGGUGCUAAACCCAAUACCGAAAUUAUAAAAUCAUUUGAUGCCUCCCUUCUCGAACCUCAUACAAAUUUGGUCAGAGUUAAACCCACACUUCAAUUAGAUAAAGAUAUUUAUGAUAAUAUAUUUGCCGUAGGUGAUGUUACCAAUGUUCAAGAGUCUAAAAUGGCUUUUCGAGCAGGCCUGCAUGGUCAGGUAGUAGUGAAGAAUGUGUUGGCAAAAAUAAACAAUAAGAAAAUGAAUAAUUACAACCCUAUGGGAGAGACAGCCUUUAUUCCUAUUGGAAAGAAUAAAGGUGCAGGUCUUUUACCGAUGUUUGGCGGCAAAGUUGUGGGAAGCUUCAUGGUUAAAAAAAUCAAGGGUAAAAACCUGCUUGUUGACCAAACUUGGAAAUCUUUGAAUGCCAAACGAGAAGAUUAA